UCGAUGUUGGUCUCUCAUCCUGACCAACGUCUACAUGGCUCGGACAAAACUAGCAAGACUAAGACGUAUUCCUCGUCUCGCAAGACUAAGGCGUUUUUCAAAGGUGAAAAGGAGGAUGACGUGGAGACCCUGGCGGAGAGAUUGUUACGGCGAUUUCACAGAGUCAAGCAGAAACACGGUGGUCAAGCAGAAACACAGAGUAAACAUCAAGCGCGUGGACGAUCACGCAUGCGGAGAGGUCGUGGAACAAGUACAAAUGUCAAGGCACGACAAGAAGAAGUAGACAACGAAAAAUACACAUCUGAUGUAGUUGUAGAUGACUCUACUUCUUUGGUUGUUGAAUCUCCACGAUCAUCUGGUGAAGAGCAAGAGGUUGGAAAGAUAGAAGUAGCACAUGAUGGACAACAGCAAGAGAGCACCAGCGAGACCCAAACCGGGUCCGGGAGCAUCGUCCAACAAGGUGUUCAGUCAACCUCAACAUCGAGUAGUAGAAAAACGCGACAGCGACAUAUUGUUCAAAAUCAUCGAAGAAGACGAAAACUACAUCGAAGUAGAGGACCACCUGCAACAUCGCCAUCCGAUGGAGAAGUUCUUGUUGACUCUCUAUCAUUCCUCGAAGAUCAUGGUAUCCUUCCUGCCACGAGAAGAGCUUGUUCAACAAGAAACUCCGAAGAAGAAGAUGACCAUUUUUCCCAGGAUCCUCUGAUUGCGGUCGCGGAUCCUCUGCGCCGGUUGCGGGAAUUGCUUGAUGAGCAAUUUACUAGACAGCGUGGGCGUCCGAUGAUGGGUGGUAGGAUGAGCCGGUUCCAGGUGGCUGCACAAGAACAUGAAGAUAGUGCAGGACGAGGACGACAACAUCAUCAACAUCAUCAUGGCGGUCGGCAGUUGCAUCUUCUCCAGCAGGGAGGGCGAGCCUUCGCAUCGAACUCUAGCAAUAGCAUUAUGUUGACAUAGUUGACGUUGAGGUGCGACGACCAAUAGUAGAUGAUUUAGAAGAAGAUGCUGGGUGAUAAUAUUGGUAGAGGAUGACAAAGACAAUGUGACUGGUAAGAACGUCUCCUCAAUUUUUUAGUUUUAGUUGAUCAUGUCAUGUUCAUGCUGCUCUGCGUCUAUUAAAUCAACAACUACAAGAACAUCCUCCUGACCUCCACGAAAAACCCACCAGCUGCAUGGCCUGUAUUCUAAAAGGCGCAACAGUACAACUGAUGAUGAUGUCGCAAACAUGGAGACCACGAAGUUGCUGACCACCUACACAGAUGGCCUCUUACACGUGGCGAACUGGUGCGCCGAACAAACGCUGGCUCUGGGUGCUCUUCUUCCCAAAGAAGAUCCGCUUUCACAUGGUCCCAAUGUCCAUCUUGACUAUCGAACACUUUACUCUCCGCAAGAGCAAGACCGCAAGAGCAAGAACGGAAAGAAAGGUUAUGAUGAUCUAAACUUGUAAAAAGGUUGAUCUAAAAGCACUAUGAUCUAACUUGUAAAAAGGUUGAUGAUCUAAACUUGUAAAAAGGUUGAUUAUGAUGAUCUAUAAACUUGGAAAAAGGUUGUUAAGGCAGCUUCCUUUAAUUCAUCUUGCGAAGCAUCUUAGAGCCUUCUCGUUUGAUCUUGUUGUUGUUGUUUUUGAUAGCUAGAAGUACUUAGUUUUUCAAAAUUAUAUUUUUUUUCGACUUGGUAGGCGAGGAAAGGUAGUACAACUAGUGCGAGAAGAUAAAGUAAUGACUAUUAUUUUUCGAGUGCAAGUGCAAGUUGCUUGAGAGUGUGUUGCGUUCCUUAUUUCGUCCCAACGAACUUAUUUGUAACUUUUAGUUGAGAUCUCUUAAUCUCCCUCCUCCUCCUCCUUCAUAACUCCGCAGGAGAGGAGCCAGUGAUUCCUGCUACGUCGUCUCGCGUGUAUCGACCUGUGUUUGAUUGGCUCAUCUUCGAAACGCCAGUGACAGUUGCUAUCCUCCUCACCGUAGGUGGUAUUGUCAUUUGCGCUACUGGCAGCUUGGUCUUAUCGGGGGUUUCCAGCGAACAAGUGAAGUGAAGCAUUCUUCUAUUUCCAAGAAGAUGAUUUAAAGAAAAUGAUAAGCUAGUUGAAUUUCGUGGGGGUUAUGUAUGAAUGUGCUUUUUCUUACAUUUUGAUUCCAACAGAACCUAGAGGUACACCGAUUACUUACUUGGCGAUAAAAAUUUCGUUGUUUGUCAUCAAACUCAACAAAUUGCACGUACACCUACACGAGAACUUGUUCAAUAAACAAACACAUGCCCGCUAAAAGCACCAGAAUAGAACAAGAACAAGUGAUCAAGAAAGUCUUCAUUUUGCAGGGUGUAUUCUUGAUGUUGUAAUUGUAGUAGAAGACUUCUUAAACCCGUUUUGUAGGAUCAUCCUUCGUCUUGGGGUAGCAGGCUGAUGGGGUAGUUCGUAGUUGAUGCACUAUAGAGGCGAG